AUGCCGCCCGUAGGGCCGGUCGGGCGGGUACUUGUUUUCGUCCUUGAGCGCGUGCACGUAAAUAUCAAUGUGCUUGCCCGGCCGCUUGGGUGUCCCCCGGCUGCCGGAGACGAGUGGGAGGAGGGCCUUGUAAAACCGCUCGGCAUUGGCUGCGCUGGCGUUCGGGUACCCGUCGGUGGGCCACCCGAUCUGGGUCACGACGACCUCCACGUCGUGGGCCCCGGCCUUCUCGAGGGCCCACGCGAAGGCGUCGUACAUGAACUCGAACGCGUUGGUGUACACGGUGCCCCCGAUGUCGGUCACGACGUGGGUCGACCGGUUGUCGGCGAAGGCGAAGUCGAUGUCGUGAAUGCCGAGGGCUCGCAUUAUCUCGACCGGGAAGAGGUUGAUGCAGACGGGGGCGCCGCUGGCUCUGACGAUGUCGAGGUACCUCACGAAUUGCUCGUGGACGGAGACGUUGAUCUCGGCCUCGGAAGGCCUCGUGAAUUGUACGGAGAAAGGAUGGCUCAUGGUCGCCUUCACGUGGCUAAAGCCGGCAUCGUUGAGCGCUCUUUGUGUGUUGUUAAGCAUGUCGACUGCAUUGCUCUGCAGUGUCGUGUUUUCUAUUUGUCCCUCUAUUUGUGGAGGGACGUCAACGAAGGUCUUCCUCUGCGCGUUUUGUCGUCCCCAGUUGUUCCCUAUCGUGCCCUCUGUCUCGACAGUAAUAUUGCCGACAACCGUAAGGGAAAUCGCUGCAAAUUGCAGUUAUUCUGCUGCCCCUUCACGACCUCCACCGGGAACACGCACUCACCCGCCGACGGGUCUUCCGUCACGACCUUCCCGAGCCCUCCGAACGUGCACUCCUUCUCGUUUUGA